GGCACACGACCCUCGACUGGCCCUCAGCUUGUACAUUACAACACCCAUUGCAAUCCAGAUUCUUUGCUUACUGCCUGCGAAACAUCAUCCGAAGCCCCCUGCGAUAGAUAGACCAUACCCGCGCAUCGCGACCGCGCACCGGCGUUUCUCUUCAACUCAAUUUUGCGGCUCCACUAGUAACUCUCGAGAGUACUCGCAUGACCAGCUUCCAGCGAUUAUUUGUCUGCAGAAAUACCUCUUACCUCGAUCCGCCGCCCAGCUACAGGUGGCAGACGAGCGCCGUCACGUAAUUCAAGAUGUUUUGGCGAUUUGGCGGAUACGCCAAUAUCUCCACUAUUGAUACCAUCCUCGAUAAACCCGAUGUUACACUCGAGGAGCUGCUAGACGAGAGCGACCUGAUACAAGAGCUCAAACAGCACAACACUAAGCUUAUCGAAUUCUUACGCGAGGACAAGAUAUUGGAGCGAUUGCUGGAAUAUGUGGUAGCUCCAAAAUUAGAAACUGUGGUAGUUGAGGACCCUGAGCCUACGACAACAGAAGAGAAAGAAGAAGAUGCCGAGUCAAAGGGAAAGGGUCGAUCAUUUUCACAGUCCCGCGGACCUGCCGAGGACGACGAAGAUGAGAAGGAGAAGAAGCGGAACCGAUAUGCAUACGUUGCUGCAGAGGUCCUAUCGUCGGACAACUGGUCAAUAUGUGAAUCUCUCAUCGAGAAUCAGCCGCUGCUGCGAAAAUUCUGGGACUUUCUCAAGCUCCCUCCACCACUCGAUCCCCUCCAAGCUAGUUAUUUUACCAAGGUUAAUGAAGCUCUGCUCGACAAGAAAACCGAGGAAAUGCUUGACCUUUUCAAGUCUCUCGAUGGAGCAGUGAAAAACAUGCUGCAGCAUGUGGAUUCACCUAUGGUUAUGGACCUACUGCUGAAGAUCAUCAGCUUGGAAAAAGCUGAAGGAGGUCAAGGAAUUGUAGACUGGUUACACUCCCAAGAUUUGAUGCCAAUAUUACUAUCCUUCCUUUCCUCUGAGCAUUCUUGGGCUACACAAACAUCUGCCGGAGAUUUCCUGAAAGCCAUCAUCACAAUAUCUGCCAAUGCUUCCCAGAAUGAACAAUCUUGCAUUGGUCCGAACGAGUUGACACGACAACUGGUCUCCCAGCCAUGUAUUGAGAAGUUGAUAUCAGAUAUGCUUAAGGGCGGCAACCCACUUACAGUAGGUGUUGGGAUUGUUAUCGAGGUCAUUCGAAAGAACAACUCCGAUUAUGACCCAGAUGUUGGGUCAGAAGCAAACACAGUGCCUUCGAGUCGAGACCCAAUCUAUCUCGGUACAUUGUUACGGAUGUUUGCUCAGCGGGUUCCGGAUUUCAUGGAGCUUAUUCUAAGCCCCAAUCACACCAUUGGAGGGGGAGACGGUCCAGUGACAAUUCGAAGAAAGGAACUGAAUGCAGCAUUUGGGGGCAAAAUUGAGCCCUUGGGCUUUGACAGAUUCAAGACCUGCGAGCUAAUGGCCGAGCUUCUUCAUUGCAGUAAUAUGGGCUUGCUAAACGAAGUUGGCAGUGAAGAGUUUGUCAAGGCCAGAGACGCAGAAAGAGAAAAGCUCAAGGCUGAAGGCAAGCUACUAAUAUCCGCAAACCAAGCGGGAAACUCCAAUGAUGACUUAACGAUGAAAUCCUCGACUCAGACUCGUCUAGGGUCGCCAGAUGGAUCACGAAAACUCGAAGUACAGAAUGCUUCUGAUGAUGACGGGUUUGAGGAAGUUACGCAUGCUGCAGAUCUUGGAGACGAUGCCAAGGAUGACUUUGACGAGAAACCAGACCCAGAAGAUCUUCUCAACCCAUCAAGUCUCAGGCCUUUUUCAUUACGAGCCACAGAUGAUGAAGAAUUUGUCGAUGAGCCAUUAAGCUCUCCACGAUUGAAGAUUGAAGAUCACCAUUUAGAGGAUCCUGAAAUGGCCGUAAUGCCACUCUCACCAACAAAGGAACUGUCUCGGAAAGUUGAUUCCCUUGAAAUCCAACAGGACACCGCUAUGACUUCGCCACCUCCUUCCGUAGAUACCACCACCGAAGACAGCGACGUUUCUACCGGUGGAGACAGCAAGCCCUCGCCCGAAUCAUCAGAGGAAUCCGCCGACAGUCCAAAGGUGGAAGGAAAACCAGCUGAGCCGCAAAUUCCUGUCACGGAAGUACCUGCAGCCGACUCAUUAGAUGCUCUGGCACAUCCAGAGGAUAAGCCAGCGCCGUUAUUCGCGAAAAAAGUCGAGCCGGCCCAGGGUAUUGUCCCACCACCUGCGCCUGAGGUGACUCAAAGUGUCGAAAGUCUCGACACAACAAUGGGAGAAGCUGGAGACAGCUCUAACUCGAUCAUGAUGAGUAACACGGAUGAACAUAAUCUGCAAGCCAUGGAGGAUGUACAGAGCAGCCCAGUUGUGGGUGACUUUCUCAAGAUGCAAUUCGUUGAACACAAAGUUGUUCCAACAAUAGUAGAUUUCUUUUUCCGAUUUCCUUGGAAUAACUUUCUACAUAAUGUCGUAUAUGACGUUGUACAACAGGUUUUCAAUGGCCCCAUGGACCGCGGCUUCAACCGCUCUCUUGCCAUCGAUCUUUUCGAGACUGGUGACAUUACAAUGCGUAUUGUUGAUGGACAGAAGAAGAGCGAUGAAGCUCAAGAAAAGAACAAAAUGCGCCUGGGAUAUAUGGGUCACCUGACACUUAUUGCCGAGGAGGUUGUAAAAUUCACAGAAAGACAUCCACCCGAGUUAUUGUCAGAUUCAGUACUGGACAAGGUCAUGAAUGGGGAAUGGGUCACAUACGUGGAGGUCACUCUUGCCGAGACACGAGAACGAGACAACGCUAUCCUCGGAGGUGUACGACCAGACAUGUCGGUAGGACCACGGCAAGCCGUCAUGAACGCAGUCAACGCUGCGACGAAUUUCGGCGGUGCAUCAUCUGCUCUCGCGGAUGCUGGUCUCAACGGUUCGGCAGGGCUGGACAGCAUCGAUCUCGCAAAUGGCAACGGUACAUCAGCGUUCACUCUCAGCGGCGGAACGCUUCUUAGCGGAUUCGGGAGUUCAAGCGAUGAAGAGGAUGACGAGAUGGACGAAGACAAUGAUGACGAUGGAGCAAGGAACAAUAGUGGCGCAGCUGAAUUCUCACGCUACAUCUCCACGCCAUCAACUACCACAGCCACGAGCUCCGACCUUGAACCACCUUCCCUUCCACCUCCACCACCGCCUCCUCUCGCCAUUCCACCAUCUCGUGCGCGUCGCCAAUUAGCAGCCAGAUUAGCACUGCACUCAAAGCAGAACGCUGAGAAUGCUGUGUCACCCAAUGGCCAGCAACGAGCUGAAGAAGCUGAGCACCAGAAGAACCUGAACCCUUUCGCUGCAGAUGAAGACGAUGAUUCCGAAAACGAUGGCGACUUCAGCAUUGGCGAUAUCGAAGGCGAAGAUGAAGGUCUCGGUCUGGUCGGAUCUGGGAAGAGGAAUCUGAGUAGCGAGGAGCGCGAACUGCUCAAGCUGGCAAGGGAGGACCACGGGAAGAAUAGCGACGAUGAUGACGACGAUGACAUCGAUAGCGAUGACUCCGAUGGCGGAUAUGGCCAUGCUCUCGCUUCGGCGUCGCAACUUGACGAUGAGUUGGAUUUAGGGGGAGGGCUGGAUGGUAAAGGUGUGGGUUCGGGAUUGAGUAGGGGGAGGAGGAGGUUGAGCGUUACGACUGAGGCGAAGAGGAGGACUAGUCUGGAGGAUGACGAUGACGAUGAGGAUGAGGUCGUACAUGUCAAGAUGGCUGAGGCGGAUGUGGAGGAUGCGAAGAGGGUGGAAAGUGCAAGUUCGAUUGUGGGCGGUGCUGUUGGAGGGGCGGGCGAUGAUGGGGAUGGGGAGUUGGUCGAGAUUCAACAUGCGGAGAUGAUGGGUGUUGAGAGUGGUGGGAAGUGAGGUUUCUCUUCCCGCCAGAGUUGAGAGGAUGAUUCCUGCCUCGCCCGGGGAAGAGGGCGGGAGCUGUACGAUAGUAGGUUGCAUGUGUGGGGUAUUAUGAGUGAUGGAUGGAUUGGAAGAUGAGAGGACGGGAGGAGGAGGGAACCAUUGUACAGUACGGUAUUUAGCUGGUGUGGGU